UUCAACUCCAUAAUUACAUGUCGGAUCUCCGUCAAAAAACCCAAUUCCACCUCCACCGGUCCUCAAUUUCCUAAUUAUUCGAUCCCAAAAUCCAGCAAUUCAUCAAAUCCAGACGACAUUCAUCCAGUUUCUACUGUAAUUUAACCUAAAAAAUGGAUCGUAAGCGAACAGAGAGUCCGUCAUACACACGGCAGUGGAGCGGCGGUUCCAGCAGCACCGGUUCAUCAUCUCCGGCGAUGUCACCGGCGCAUCCGCAGUCAAGGUUAGGUCAACCGUCAGGCUACUCAACGAUUAAGCGGACACAGAACGUCGCUGCGAAGGCUGCGGCGCAGCGGUUAGCGCAAGUUAUGGCUUCUCAGACUACCGGUGAUGAUGAUGAGGAUGAGGAUGAUGAUGACCUAGGGUUCCGGUUUGCUAAACCGACGUCGUUUGGGAGUAAGAGUAACGGUAACGGUAGCGGUAGUGCGUUGUCUGGUGUUUCGUUUGCUAGACCGAAUAGAUCGCCGUCGCCUGCGUUAGGUCGGAACUUUAUGGAGCACACUCUGCCUAAUCGCUCCACAUCAGCAGGAAGGCCAUCAGUAUCUGUUCGCACAGGACAAACCAUACCACCUAGCAGACCAUCUUUGAGACACCCGGGCCCCAUUCCACCCCCAAUAGACCCCCCUGCUCGCCAUCAACGUAGAGAACAGAGGUUUACACCAGACAGUGGACGCGGCAAAGAUAUGGGAGAUCAACAUGAGGCAUCUGCACUUCGCGAUGAACUUGACAUGUUACAAGAAGAGCAUGACAUUGUUAUAGAUAAGCUUCGCCAUGUAGAAGAAAAACGUGAAGAAGCAGAGGCCCGGGCCCGGGAGUUGGAGAAACAGGUCGCUUCUCUAGGAGAAGGAGUAUCUUUAGAGGCCAAAUUGCUGAGCAGGAAAGAGGCAGCAAUACGUCAAAGAGAGGCAGCUCUAAAAGCUGCACAACAGACGAAAGAUGGAAGAAAUGUAGAAGUUUCUAACCUUCGUGCAGAACUUGAGAAAUUUAAAGUUGAGACCGAGGGUGCCAUGGAACAGCUGAAGGAAGCUGAAUCUGAAGCAAAAGCUCUCCGCACGAUGACACAAAGAAUGGUUUUGACUCAUGAAGAGAUGGAGGAGGUAGUUCUAAAGAGGUGUUGGCUUUCUCGUUAUUGGGGUUUAGCUGUACAAUACGGUAUUUGUGCUGACAUAGCGGGGUCAAAGCAUGAACAUUGGUCAUCAUUUGCACCCCUGCCAUUUGAAGUUGUCAUUUCGGCUGGUCAAAAGGCGAAGGAGGAGUCUUGGCAUGGUGGUGACGAUGAUUCCAACAGGAAAAAAAAUGUUCGGGAUAUUAACGACUUAACGGGGGAAGGAAAUAUUGAGAGUAUGCUUUCAGUUGAGAUGGGUUUGAGGGAAAUGGCAUCCUUGAAGGUAGAAGAUGCUGUUGUGCUGGCAAUGGCCCAACAACGUCGUCCAAAUUUAGUACGCCAAUCUAUCCCUGAUCCAAAAUCCCCGGGUGAUACAAAGUUCGUGGAGGGAUUCGAGUUGAGUCGUGAGGAGGCUGAAGACGUUUCCUUUAAACAGGCUUGGCUUACAUAUUUUUGGAGAAGAGCGAAGGUUCAUGGUGUAGAAGAGGAUAUCGCUGAAGAUCGAUUGCACUUUUGGAUAAGCCGUACUGCAACAUCUCCCACUUCUCAUGAUGCUGUUGACGUUCAACGAGGGUUAACAGAAUUGAGGAAGUUAGGGAUAGAACAACAGCUCUGGGAAGCGUCUCGUAAGGAAACCGAUCACUCGGCUUCAUUGCCAGUCGAAAAUUCCAAAGAUUCUGCAGAGGACGAUACCUUGUGAUUCCGGUGUCUAGUUUGAUUUCAUUUUAUUUUGUUAUAUUUUUUCAAAAGAAAAAAAUUUAAAAAAAAAGUAAAUUUUGCUGUUUGGUGUUGAUAUGUGAAGUAUAAAUUUGUGGCUUGCUCAAACAAAAAAGUAUAUUUAAUUUCAAUAAGUAAUUAAUGGGUUUUAUUCAUGGGUUUUAUUAA